AUGAAGUUUGACACAGACAGGGAUAGUUCCGGAGCCACCGUUCUCCACCUCGCCUCCCGGUUCAGCCAUCACGAGAUCACUGAUUGGUUGCUGAAGAGCGGGGAGGCUGAUGCCGGGGUGUCCACAGAGACUGGGGCCCUGCCUGUCCACUAUGCUGCUGCCAAGGGAGACUUGCCCUCCCUCCGACUCCUGUUGAGACACAUCCCAAACGUUGUCGAUUCCCAAACAAAGAAUGGUGCCACACCCCUCUACCUGGCCUGCCAGGAGGGUCACCUGGAGGUCGUCCAAUACCUGGUGAAGGACUGCGGGGCGGAGCCGAGCAUCAGAGCCAAUGACGGGAUGACACCUCUGCAUGCUGCCGCCCAAAUGGGCCAUAACACUGUCAUUGUCUGGCUGAUGAGCUUCACAGAGAUCAGCCUGUCAGACCAGGACGGAGACGGUGCCACGGCCAUGCACUUUGCCGCCAGCCGCGGCCAUGCCAAGGUGCUCAGCUGGCUGCUACUGCACGGUGGCGAGAUCAUCACCGAUAGCUGGGGCGGAACGCCGCUACACGACGCCGCCGAGAACGGGGAGCUGGAGUGCUGUCAGAUCCUGGUGGUGAAUGGGGUGGACCUGGGCAUACGGGACCAGGACGGCUUCUCGUCGGCCGACCUGGCAGAGUACAACGGGCACGUCCAGUGUGCCAAGUACCUGUGCACUGUUGAGAACAUGAGUGUGGCGCACCGCGUGCUUUCCAGGGACCCAUCGGCCGACCUGGAGUACAGCAAGCAGCCCGACUUGGGCCUGUCGUCCCCCAACAACACGAUGCCCCCGGCAGGGUCGCGGCAGGCCCAGCAACCGGCCCACUUCGACAUGGGCUCGCCCUCCAGCACCCUGUCCAACUACAACUCAGCCAGCUCCAGCCAGUGUAGCAUGGGAGAAAAGCAGAGCGGCUCACCCCCUUCAUCACGAGCCCCCGCCGGCCCAGCGGAGUCGGCCAUAAAUGACAUGCAGACUUACACGGACAUGCUCAACCCUGACGUGGAGGCCGGAGCGCCCAAGUGCAAGGAGCCCGCCGCCACCGCUCAGCCGCCUCCCUCACCCCUGCUGGCCUUGCCAACGCCCCCUUCCCCUGACUCCCCCUCCCAACCGCUCCUGCCUCCCCCCGGAUACCCUCUGCCACAGUCCCCCGCAGACUCAGCCGAUAUCUAUCUGAAGGUGAAGAGCAGCCUGAGGCACGUGGAGAACUCACUGCUCAUUGGCCCCUCCCUUGUUUCUACCCAGCAACUGACUCCAGAAGAGAGCCACGAUAGGCUGCGCCGGGUGGACUCCAACAGAAAGUCUCGAAACUUCAACAAGCAGCCCAGCACGGGGGACUACUACAAAACCCUAGGUAGCGACGCGGUCGACGACCGUGGGGUCCGAACCAUGGUGCCUAACAAGGAGGGUUCUCUGUUAUUGGAGGAGUCAGCCGACAGCCCCGCCCCCAGCCCACAGAACGGCACCACCGAAGAGUUGCCCCCCCCCCCCCCCCCCCCCCCCCCCCCCMYCAGCMAWCCCRCCCCGSCMCCCCCYCCUCCCCUGCCCCCACUCCCCAUCAGCAAUCCCACCCCGGCACCCCCUCCUCCCCCGCCAUUGCCCUCAGAAAUGCCCACCUGCCAGUACAGCCCUUCCUCAAGCACCAACCAGCGACGCCCCUCCUCCUCUUCAGGAAGCAACAAAUCCUUCAACAUGAUGUCCCACACCGGAGACAACACGGAGUUGCUGGCUGAAAUAAAAGCGGGGAAGAACCUGAAGCCCACCCUACACAGUAAAGGCUACACAACAGUCUUCUCCAACAGCGGCCUGCCGGGCAAUAAUGGAGAGAGCCCCAUGUCACCGCCUCAGACCCACACGGUCAGCCCGUCCUCAGCCAAGCCCACGUCUCCGCCCUCCGCCGCCAGCACCACCUCCCCACCCACCGCCCCCAGCCCUGUGGGCACCAGCACGCCCCAGACCCUCUCCACCUCCAAGAGCAGCGAGCAGCACCUCAAUGGGAACGGCAGCGGGGCAGCAAGCCUGAUGGGACAGACACGGAAGGGUAGCCUGGCGGACGUGGAGGCCCUAGUGCCCACACACGACGAGCAGGGCCGAGCCAUCCCUGAAUGGAAAAGGCAGGUGAUGGUGCGCAAGCUCCAGGUGAAGACGCAGGAGGAGGAUGAACACAAGCGCAAGGUGGAUGAGGAGGUGGCGCGCCUGGCGUCCAUGCCAGGAUGGCGAAGGGACAUCAUCAAGAAAAAGCUUGAUGAAGAGAAGGAGCAAAAAAGAAAAGAGGAGGAGCUUGCAAACAAGGCAAAGGAGAGCGAGGAGAAGAACGAGCAGGAACGACUACGGACCAUGGGUUACAACGAGAGCAAGUUGGCGCCAUGGCAACGGCAGAUCAUCCUGAAGAAAGGAGACAUAGCGAAACAGUAGAUAGCGCCUCCCCGUCCAACCCUCUUCCCCUUGAAUGUCAACCAACCAACACCCAACCCAACCCUCAUCGCACCCCACCCCAACCAGGUUUCCACUAGAUAACACAGCCACAAAGUCAGAUUCCAGAGCCACAAAGGCUAAAUUAGCUACAAAAAUGUGCGUUUUGGCCUUAAUUUAAGGUUAUUAGGGUUAGGUUUAAAAUAAACGUUUAAUUUGAGAAAUUAUAGAAAUGUGCCCAGUGUCUUCGGGAGUUUAGCCAUAAUUAUGACUUUGUGGCUGUGUUAACUGGUGAUGACUCACCAAACAGGACCAUGCCACCUCCCAACAUACUUUGCAGCUCUGCCAUCCUGAAAUGGUGUGGCCGCACCAAGGUCCCGUGGACAAAAACUGUACGUAUCGCAACGUUAGCGGUGUGUCCGAUUCAAAGGACUACAUGACCACAUUGAAUAGAUGCUCCUACCCCUUUUUGUCCUGGCAAAACAUUUGGCUAAAAACUGUACGUAUCCCAACUGUAUGAAGACCCUUAGUCUUGAAUCAUAUACACUAGCUUUACUUCACAUUAUUUAACAUGACUGUAGGAAUUUCCCACACAAUUCCAUACACUCGAACAACCUUUCUCAAUGUUGAUCUGUUGGUCUGUCUUGUUGGGCAUUGUCGGAAAAGUUGUCAUUGCUAUAGGUUCAGCAGUUUUUCAUAAAUAGAAAAACUGUCCACGAUCGGUUUUCUCUGCAUUUGAUUCACCCACACUUACAUUGAUAAUUGAGCUCUGAAACUAGCCUGUUGUAUUCUACUGUAGCUUUGCUUUUAGGAUGGAAAAUGUCAUGGUUAACAUAAUAAGCAAUGGCAUUUUGAUACUGUAUAUAUCAUCUCCAUGCAUUGCACAAAGACCUAUAUAGAACCAGACCAUUCUACUUAAUGAUGCUAUUUUACAUUGAGCCCAUCUGAACUUCCAGAGAUAUUAUUGAACCAGAUGGGAAAUUGAUAAAGUCCCUCCUGUACCUGUUAUUUUUUCAGUGUACAUUAAUAUCACAUGGCUAACUGCAACCAUAACAGUCAUUUAAAAUGGGUUUAUUAAUAUUGUUGUGGAUAACGUAAUUCAAGUAAAAAAUAACACUGAACAAAAAUAUAAAAGCAACAUGUAACAAU